AUGACGACACUCGCAACUUCUAAAUUAAGACUUCAGUUUCAAGCGCAUACUAAUGCAGUAACAGAUAUAAAAAUCAAAGGAGAAGAUGAAGACCAAAUAAUCUAUACUUCAUCUAGAGAUAAGACUAUUAAGGGUUGGACCAUUUCUAAAGAUAUGACCGGUGAAGAGUUCAGUCGUUUAAAGAAGACCCAUCGUGGUCAUGGUGGUUUUGUUACAGCUUUUGAUUUAUCUAAGACGUCUGAUUAUAGAGUAUCUGUUGGUAGAGAUAAUAUGGUAAGGGCUUGGCCUACUUCACCUACUGAUCCGGUCUUAAAAGCACCGCAUCAGGACAGGCCUUAUGCCCUUCUUACUCAUCUAGUUACAGUCCGAGAAGGUAAUCAAGAGAAGAGUUUAGAGUACAUCUUUACUGGGGGUAAGAGUGGAGCCUUACAUAUCUGGAAUUCUCAUCUGGAGUUAAAGAAGAGUUUAGUAAGACAAGAUAAUCCUGGAGCUACUAUUACGACUAUCAAAGCAGUUCCUAAGAAUCCUAUGCUUAUUCUUUGUGCUUAUACUGAUGGAGCCGUAGUUACUUGGAAUAUUGAGUCUGAAAUGGUUGAGAACAUUAUGAAAGCUUCUAGUAUUCUUGAUGCAGUUACAGUUAGUCCGGAUGGUUCAAUUUGUGCUACAGCUGGUCGGGAUAGGUCGGUUUUACUUUGGGAUUUGAAAGGUCAGAAUAAUCAGUACCAGAUUUCAGCUGGAGAACCAGUGCAUAGUUUGGAGUUUGCUUUUUCAGCCUACUGGUUAGCAGCUGGUAUGGAUAACAGUAUUGCUAUCUGGGAUAUAAUUGAGAAGGAAAUCGUUAUUGAAAUUCCUAAUCCAGAGGAGAGUAAAGGUUUCUGUACUGCUAUGUGCUGGGCCGAUCGGUUUACUCUUAUUGCUGGAUAUUCUGAUGGUCUAGUUAGGAAGUACGUUUUUAACGUGGAAUAG